ACUAAACACUGACUGCACACACUUCAAGAUUUAAACAUGCAAACACAAACACAAUGAUCUGUGUUCAGAACAAACACUUCCAUUGAUGGAAGGAUGGUCUCGUACAGUCUCGUACAGUCUCGUACAGUCUUUGCAGUGGUCUCGUACAGUCUUUGCAGUGGUCUCGUACAGUCUCGUACAGUCUUUGCAGUGGUCUCGUACAGUCUUUGCAGUGGUCUCGUACAGUCUUUGCAGUGGUCUCGUACAGUCUCGUCCAGUCUCGUACAGUCUUUGCAGUGGUCUCGUACAGUCUUUGCAGUGGUCUCGUACAGUCUCGUACAGUCUCGUACAGUCUUUGCAGUGGUCUCGUACAGUCUCGUACAGUCUUGUGAGUGCUUCGUCUUCAGUCACUUUGAUGAGUCAUUACUGUGACAUUAAGUUUUAUUGUGGUCAGAUAAACGGAUCAUAAAUCAUGCAGCAGUUCAGUUUGUGUGUGUUUGUUCAGAGAUGAAGAACAUCAGAAGUUUUGUCUGCAUGAGUGAUGAAGACCACGACACCACAACAGAGACUGUAAAACUUUGUUUUUGCUGCGUCAUGUUUAGCCAGCGGUGGAGCAGUUAUCAGCCGGUCCACAGAUAACUGAUGCUGAUCCACCUGAGCUCUGGCUCCAGGUGAAGGUCUCGUCCACAUCAGCAGAUCCCUAUCAGAGAUCCACAGUUACACAUUAAUCUGGGACGGAGCUGCAGGUGAGCAGACAGGUGCUGAGCCUCAGUCUGUGUUGAAGAUGAAGAUGAGGUUGGAGCUCUUCCUGGUUGUCUCAGCGCUGAUCUGCGCCACCGGCAAGCCGCUGAGCAAGGCGACGGCGAGGAACAAGCUGCUGCUCAUCUCCUUCGACGGCUUCAGGUGGGACUACGACCAGGACGUGGACACGCCGAACCUGGAUCAGCUGGUGAAGGACGGCGUCAAGGCCAAAUAUGUCACCCCGCCAAUGCUGACCAUGACCUCCCCGUCCCACUUCACCACCAUCACCGGCAGGUGGGUGGAGGAUCACGAAGUCGUUCACAACAUGAUGUUUAACAGCACGACCAACCUCAAGGUUCCUCACAAACAGACGCUGAGCCGAUCAGAGUGGUGGAACAACGGAGUCCUGCCGUUAUGGAUCACCGCCCAGAACCAGGGUUUGAAAACGGCGUCCUUCUACUACCCGGGAGGCGGAGCCAACUACAGCGGUCAGGCGGUCAACCGGGCACUUUUGGAGAAGUUUGACCAUGUGGACGACAACGAGACAGAGUGGAGAGAGAACAUCGACAAGGUGAUGAGCUGGUUCUCUGAUGAGGACUUCCACCUGGUGACGCUGUACUACGGCGAGCCGGACAACGUGGGCCACGCCAAGGGGCCGGACCAUCCGGACAGGAAGAAGAUCAUCCAGCAGAUCGACCGCACCAUCGGCUACCUGAGGGGGGCCAUCAGUCGUCAUCACCUGAACGACAAACUGAACGUCAUCAUCACCUCUGACCACGGCAUGACCACCGUCAAGAAGAGACCGCUGGUGGAUGAGAUCAUCCUCAACAAAUACCUGAAUUUACUCAAGCUCGCCAGCUUCGAGAUCCUCGACUACGGCGGCUUCGGCAUCCUGACGCCGCGGCCGGGGAAGGAGCAGGAGGUUUAUGACGCUCUGUCCAACGCGCCCAAUCUGACGGUCUACAAGAAAAGCGAGCUUCCAGAGAGCUUCCGUCUCGCCAAGAGCGAGCGUCUGCCUCCCAUCGUCAUCGUCGCUGACCUGGGAUUCAACCUGAACUCUAGAUUCAUCGUCUACGUCAACAGAGGCGAUCACGGCUACCAUAACGGAGAGAUGGACAUGAAGACCAUCUUCAGGGCCUUCGGACCCGACUUCAAGAAGAACUUUGUGUCCGAGCCGUUCGACAGCGUGCACGUUUACCCUCUGAUGUGCAAACUGCUGCAGAUCGAGCCGGCGCCGCACAACGGAUCGCUGAGUGUGACGGAGGAGCUGCUGCACGGCACAGGUGGGUCGACAGCUCGCCUGUCUGCAGCUCUGCUGCUGUCCAUGCUGCUCUUCGUGUUCACGGCACCGUAACUGAUCCAGGACCAGCUCGACUGUGUUAACGUUAGGUUUCAUAUUUAUACGCAACAUUAACUUUGGCUUUCUUCUUCCUCUGGUUGAUUCUCCUGCUCCGUGCAGAGUUCUGAAACAAAUAAAAACUUCUUAAUAAAAAGAAAUAAAG